CAGCUGCCGCCCGCCCGCUCGCCGGUGCAGCCGCGAUGCCCCGGGGCCCGACCCCGGCCCGGGUCCCAGGCCCACCGCGUAAUUAGCUUCCGUGCGCGCCGCCGCCAACGUCGCGCCCAGACGCAGCGAUGGGCAACACGGUGCACAGGACCCUGCCAGAGUCCAGCCCGCCCGCGCGCCUCCUGGCCACCCGGCCGUGCUGCGGGCCCGGCCCCGAGCGGCGCCCGGUGCUGGGCGAAGCGCCGCGCUUCCACGCGCAGGCCAAGGGCAAGAACGUGCGGCUGGACGGCCACUCGCGCCGGGCCACGCGGCGCAACAGCUUCUGCAACGGUGUCACCUUCACGCAGCGGCCCAUCCGGCUGUACGAGCAGGUGCGGCUGCGCCUGGUGGCCGUGCGCCCUGGCUGGAGCGGCGCGCUGCGCUUCGGCUUCACGGCGCACGACCCGUCGCUCAUGAGCGCGCACGACAUCCCCAAGUACGCCUGCCCCGACCUUGUCACGCGGCCCGGCUACUGGGCCAAGGCGCUGCCCGAGAACCUGGCGCUGCGCGACACCGUGCUGGCCUACUGGGCGGACCGCCACGGCCGCGUCUUCUACAGCGUCAACGACGGCGAGCCGGUGCUCUUCCACUGCGGCGUGGCCGUGGGCGGCCCGCUCUGGGCGCUCAUCGACGUCUACGGCAUCACCGACGAGGUGCAGCUGCUCGAGAGUGCCUUCGCCGACACGCUGCCGCCCGCGCGCCUCGGCCAGGCCCGCUUCAGCGCCUGCCUGCCGCCCAGCAGCCACGACGCGGCCAACUUCGACAACAACGAGCUGGAGAACAGCCAGGUGGUGGCCAAGCUGGGCCACCUGGCGCUGGGCCGCGCCCCGGGCCCGCCGCCCGUCGACGCCGCCGCCCUGCCGUGCGGGCCCCGCGAGCGCCCGCGGCCCGCGUCUUCGCCGGCGCUGCUCGAGGCCGACCUGCGCUUCCAUGCGACGCGCGGGCCCGACGUGAGCCUGUCGGCCGACCGCAAGCUGGCCUGCGCGCCGCGGCCCGACGGCGGCCGCACGCUCGUCUUCUCCGAGCGCCCGCUGCGGCCCGGCGAGAGCCUCUUCGUGGAGGUGGGCCGCCCGGGGCUGGCGGCGCCCGGCGCGCUGGCCUUCGGCAUCACGUCCUGCGACCCGGGCGCGCUGCGGCCCGCCGAGCUGCCGGCCGACCCCGACGCGCUGCUGGACCGCAAGGAGUACUGGGUGGUGGCGCGCGCCGGGCCCGUGCCGAGCGGCGGCGACGCGCUCAGCUUCACGCUGCGGCCCGGCGGCGACGUGCUCCUGGGCGUCAACGGGCGCCCGCGCGGCCGCCUCCUGUGCGUCGACACCACGCAGGCGCUCUGGGCCUUCUUCGCCGUGCGCGGCGGUGCCGCCGGCCAGCUGCGCCUCCUCGGCACCCAGCAGUCCAGCCCUGCAACCACGUCUCCGUCAGGGUCCCUCAGUGGCUCCCAGGACGACAGUGAUUCCGACAUGGCCUUCAGUGUCAACCAGUCCUCCUCGGCGUCUGAGUCAUCCCUGGUGACGGCCCCCAGCUCCCCGCUGAGCCCCCCGGUGUCCCCUGUGUUCUCUACACCGGAGCUGGCAGGCAGCAAGAAUGGCGAGUGCACGGUCUGCUUUGAUGGUGAGGUGGACACAGUCAUCUACACGUGUGGACAUAUGUGUCUGUGCCACAGCUGCGGCCUGCGGCUCAAGAGGCAGGCCCGGGCCUGCUGCCCCAUCUGCCGGCGGCCCAUCAAGGACGUCAUCAAGAUCUACAGGCCGUAGCCUGGCCCGCUGACGGGCCUUGGCCAGAGCAAGGUCACCUUUCUGAAGCCCCCCUAGGCCGGGCAACCACUGUGGCCACCAGGGAGUCCAAGGGCAGCAGCCAUCUCGUCUGCCACUCUCCAGUGGUGGGCAAGGCGUGACAGUCGUGGAGACAAGGCCCCGAGGGUCUGAGCCCAGGCAAGGGCUAAUUCUGGCUCAAAAGUGCUUUGCCCCCAAAAGGCCGCCCAGGAGCAAGCUCAGGAACUGCCUGGCAGACUGUCCGGUCCCUCGGUGACCUCGCAGCUGGGGAGCGUCCUCUGUGCAAUGCUUUUUGCUGGGGUUGGGUUGAGCGUGUGAGAGAGAAGUAGCGGGGAGGGUGGGAGACGGAGGAGAGGGAGGGGCUGUGAGAGGAUGAGAGAGAUGGCAUAGGUGUUUAUCCAGGGAUUCUGGCUCUAGGAGGAGGUUUAAGACUAAGGAAUGUGCAAUCCAGAGUCCGGACAUUAGCACGACUAGAAGGCGUUCACUUUCUGGGGCUGUGACGUCAGCUGGUUUUGAAUGUACGAGGCCUGCACCUGAACAGAACUCCCUUGGAUGGUGUAGAAAAGGACUCAGAUUUCUAAGGGGAGGAAAAAAUAGCUCAUUGUUUACAGCUCCACAGCAGCGCUCCUUGGGGGGAGGUGGGCGGAGAACAUCAAAGAACGGUUUGCUUGUUUCGUUUCUGACUCGUCUUGGAGAGGAGCUUUGCUGGGCGCUGCAGCCGAGAGCUCUGGGCAGUGUCCUCUCCAGAAUCUUUUCCCCGCUUCCCCCCAGACAGCCUGCUCACGAGCACACCGCACCUUGACUCCGUCCCCAGAUGCUUUCCGUCUGUACCACCCGUCCCGUCCCCAAGGAGAAGACAAGCAGCAGGUUCUCUUUUCCGGGGGAGGGGAAGGAAUCCCGGAGGCAGGUGACUCACCCGGACUUGGAAAGGCCGCUCCAUCGCACAGACAACCCUGCACAGUUUCUGUUGUAAGCAGGCCUGGCGUUCGCCUGCGGCUUGGGCCUCACAGGGCAGCCUGCGGGGAGCAGGGCUUUGCCACUGGUCUGUGUCCUGAUUCUCAGCUUACCUUCCCCUGCUGGCUGCUAAGAUGGUACUUGGUCAUUAAGAUGUUAGCUAAUAACUGAGACGUUAGCUGACAGUUAUGACAUUGGGCCUCUCCCCCUUCCCAGGGCUGUUUCCUAGGUAUUUCCUGGGACCCGGCCCCUACCCCCACCCCUGCCUGGGCCCACCUCUGCGCACUCCCAGACCACACCUGGGCUGAUGCGCUGGCAGGCCUGCCCCUCCCUCCUGGGCCCCCUCUGCCCUGUCUUGUGCUGUACUUGUGCGGAAGUCCCUGGGCCUCUCUGUUUCUCGGUCCCCAGCCUGUCCAAGAGGAAGCCUCGGGCCUGGCCGCCCCAGAGCUCUUGGGAGGAUCAGUACAACGUUCUCAAAAACCCGAGACACCUUGCCGAGAGCAGGUAUCAUUUUUAUUACAAUUCCUAGUCUGUCCAUCUGCUGAGGGGGGCAGGGAGAGGAGAGCGUGUGGAGAGUUUACCCAUCACAUAACACACACUUGCUGGGUGUCCGGGCCCGGGGCCCAGCACUGGCCUCUCAGAUCAAGUCCCACAAGACCAGUCGGUCCUCGAGAUGCCCUGCGUCUCGGACCACCUGCUUCUCUGGCUGGAAGUGAGAAGUUUCCUGAUCUCGACUUCAGAAACCCCAUUCUUGCCCCUGAAAGAACCCCUGAUUGGUUCUUUUUCCCUAGUGAAGUUGAGAAACAUUCCCGCAUUUUAAUUUUCCAGCAGAAGUUUCUUGGGAGCUACUAGAACCCUGGCGUUUGCCAAGAUAAGGGCUUGAGAAUCUAGGCAGUGCUCGGUGCCCUGCUAAAUUUGGGCACUGGGAGCCGUCCAUCUGCCCCAUGCGCUGGAUGGGGCACAGGUCCAGGUGAGAGGACUCGUCACCCCCCAGACUGUGGUUCUCCAGGCAACAGUGCCCCUGACUGGAUUGAGCCACCCUCGAGGCCCAGUGGUCUCAGCAGCCUGGGGGAGCCAGCCCCUCUCACCUGCCCCUUGCCCUCCCUGACUGCCCCCUUGGGUUCCAGCUGCGGUCAUGCACAGCCACCACCAGGAAACCAGUGACCGAGGGCCUGGCCCGGGGUGGACCAGGCCGUGCUCCUGGUAACCUGUUACCUGGGAAGAAAGGAGCUGGUGGCCUGUUUAACUUGCUCCGCAGCUGCUAUAAAUAGCCUCCCUGUUUUCAAGAGGAAUUAAGGGGGUGUUUAUCUUCUAAAAACCAGACAUUUCCUGAUGCUCUAAACUGAUUUAUUCAGCGCUGCAGGGGAGCUGCUCACGUCGCCCUCUGUGUUCUGUCUGGAGAAGGGGGCAGGAGACAUGGGAGAGGGGCCGCUCCUUUUUGUUUCCCGUCCCCAUGUGCCUGGGUGCUGGGCUGGAGAGGAGCCACACGCUCUCCUCCUGGGGGCAGGUCUUAUUACCAUACAGAGGCGUGUCUAAGACACCACCCGUGACAAGACAGGCCAUUUUACGUACCACUAAGAAAAAACGCUGCCAGCUUUCACGGUAAGAUGCGGCAGCUAUACAGUUCAUCCUCAUCAGAGAUGGUGAAAUGGGAAAAAAUCUCUGCUCCUCAAAAUCAGUGAAAUAUGUAUUAUCCCCAUUUGGCAGGUGAGAGAACUGAGGUCCUAGGAGGGAAGUGACUUAGUGUCACUCAGCAGGAGGGGGCAGGGCUGGGACUCAAACCCAGGAGUGUCUGGUGACACGCUCUCCACUGCCUGACCCGAGUCGAGUCGCGGAAAGCUCAGUGCUGCCUGCGUCACUCCUCGGCAGCCCCUGGAGAGACCCGGGUGCCUGCCCCUGCGCUUCCUGGGGUUUCCAGCCCCAGGCUGCGGCCCUCUGCUGCCCAUCCCCUGGACGGACAAGUGUCCUUCCUUUCAGCGCAUCUGCCUGCCGCCCAGCUUCUCCUGGAGGGGCUGAGCUGCAUGAGAUCUGGGGUCCAACCCAAGGGUCUCCUCCUUUUACACACUGGCAACUUUGGGGAGGGCCUGAGGCCUUGUCCCUCCACCUUCCUGGGCCCUGUGACCAUCACCAUCCCCUCAAGCAGGCCCCCAGGGGUGGAACGGGGGAGACCACAGGACGUCCCUCUGUUGUGGCCUUGUGCCUGCUCAUUUUGAACCGCCAGGGAAAUCAGGCCGUUUCCAAGUCAAGACAGGCGCCUUUUUCCAGUCCAUCCCCGAAUGGGGCGUCUGCAGGGGUUCAGCUCCCGGGGCAGCUGCUCCCUCACUGUGGCCACGCUCUUCAGUCCUGCAGCCCCCACUGGUCAGCAGAGCCUGUGUUCUGGACACAGGAUUGGGAACUGGGAUCAAAGACAAAGCCCAUGGGGAGCUCGUGGUGCAGACAGGUGAUGGACAGAUGUGUAGGCUGUUAGUUUAUCCCUCCGUGUCAGGCCUUGUGCUAGCCUGCGGUAGGUACUUACUAAGGGUUUACUGAGUAGAUCAGAAGUCAGGUUGUGAGUGUUCAGGGGUUUGGUAGAACACCACAUACACAUGCACACAAUCAACAAACAUUGGCUGAGUGCCUCCUGGGUGUGGGGUGCUGGGAGGACGGGGUUGAGAGGGCAGCGCCCCAGCUCUGGCGUCAGAGGUAGAAACCUUCAGAGGUAGUGAGACAUUUGGGGCAGAAUCCACUGGGCCUUCUUGGGCAUCCUGUUCCCUCAGGGGUCUCUUGGUGAGUGCACAAGGACUGCCUUCCUGACCCAGGGCCUCCUGCGGGCUCGGAAAAGCCGCCUCUGCAGGAGAAACGCCAGGCGCUGUGCAGUCAGCGAGCUGCUGCCAGGACCGCGUUGGGCAGAACCCUCGGGUCCCGCGGGGAGACGUGGGGAGAUGGCUACCUGCUGCUUUCAGGCCUUGAUUGCCAGAAAUAACCCCCAAGUCCCCAGGGAACCCCCAGUCAGCUCCAGUUGGAAAGAGGGUUGUGUGAAGUCUUGGAGGAUGAGAGGCGGUCCCCCCCACUGCUCGGUCCCCACUCUGCCCAGUUCUGGGGAGGGACCCCGGCUCAGGAACACGGGGCCUCCUGACAUUUCUUGGUGGUUAAUUGUCCCACUGUCUUUUCAAGUCCCUAAUGCAGUGACUUGUACAACGAUCUGUCUGUGCCUUAUGAAAGUGUCUGUGCACUUUUUAUCCUUUUUAAAAGCAACUUUAAAAAGUGGGCAGGGGAUUAGCAGACAUGAUGGCAUUCUAGAAGCCUGUGACGGUCACUGAAACCCUUCUGCAUUGUGUUCUUGAUGUUGGAGUGAUGACGUGCACGUCCCCACCCCACCGCCACUACCUGUGUACAGACCUUUUUAAAAAUGGCUCUUACUAUUAUUUUCCUGGUUCAAUACUGUGACCUCCCCAGUACAGUCUAAUCUUUGGGGAUCCAUAAUAAAGGUUUUAAAACUUGGGGGGAGCGGGUUGGGAAGGGUUUGCACUGGUCCUGUGUAUUGUGCUUUUGUGUGUUGUAUGUUUUGAUUUUUGUCUGUUUUUAUCUGUUUUAUAUUAACAUAAUUUUCCUGUUUAAAAAACAAAUACAACUUUGGCUUGUUAAAA